AUGUCACGCAUACAGAAAAGCAGCAAGUCGGCGCCGAAGACCAUUUCGGUGUACUGCCGCGUGCGGCCGCCUGUGCCGCAGGAGAAAGGGCACAACUUCAACAACAUCGUCUACGAUGAUGCCGACAACCGCACCAUCACCGUGACCCGCAAGUCAGGCUCGAAAUCGUUUGAAAAGAGGUACUUCUUCAACCGCGUCUUCAGGCCCACUGUGACGCAGAAAGAUGUGUACGAGACCUUCGCCAAGAAUGCCGUCGACGCAGCCUUCGAUGGUCAGCACGGCGUCCUCUUCGUGUACGGCCAGACCGGCUCUGGCAAGACCUUCACGAUCAGCAACGAUGAUCCGAAGAACGAGGGUGUGUUGCAGCAGUCUAUGAGGGAGAUUUGGGACAGGAUCGCCAAAGACCCGGGCAAUGACUAUUCGUGCAGCGUCAGCUACGUGCAGCUCUACAACGAAAUUCUCACCGACUUGUUGGAUGACAGUAAGGGUAAGGUCCGCAUCCAGAUGGGGUUGGAGGGCCGUGGAGACAUCGUGAUGGUGUCCGACGCCACCGGGCUGCCAGUCGAGCGGGAGGUAAAGGACUACAAGGGCACCAUGGCCUUCUUCAAAGCGGGCUUGACGCGGAAGGAGAUGGCGAGCACGUCCAUGAACAACACAAGCUCUCGCUCCCACACCAUCUUUACGCUUAACGUCUGCAAGGCCCAGAGGGUCGGCACUGUGACCGUCGGUGCUGAAACGGAGGGCCCCACAAUUGCACUGGAGGGCCGCCUGGUGCUGUGCGACCUUGCCGGGAGCGAGCGUGUGAGCAAGACACAUGCGGAGGGCAAGACGCUCGACGAAGCCACGCACAUAAACCGCAGUCUCCUAACCCUUGGUAAGGUGGUGACUGCGCUGACCGACAACGCCCAGCACGCUCCCUUCCGUGAGUCGAAACUGACCCGCAUUCUCCAGUACUCGCUGCUGGGUAACGGCAACACCUCCAUCAUCGUCAACAUCAGCCCUUCCGAUGAAAACACGGAGGAGAGCUUGAGCACCCUCUUUUUUGGGCAGCGCGCCAGCCAAAUCAAGCAGGAUGCGAAGAGACACGAGGUGCUCGAUUACAAGGCGCUGUACCUGCAGCUCAUGGCGGACAUAGACAACAAGAACGACAAGACGCUGGAGGAAGCGCUGGAGGAGGAGCGUGGCGUCUACGAGGACCGCAUUUCUUCCCUCAACGAGGAGAUGAAGUUGCUGAACAACGAGAACGCGAUGCUGCGCAACGAGAACAAGCAGCUGCGGCAGUACGUGCCGGCUGAUCGACUGAAACUGAUUGAUGAGACACCAUCCAGCGGAGUGCCUGGCGUCAAUGGUGGAUCUAUCAGCGGAGGUUGGGCCAAGGCCAACCAGGAGCUGCGGGAGCUGAUUCAGCAACGCGAUGAAAAGAUGAAAGUCAUCAGUAAUGAGCGGGUGCGCCUCGCGCUUGUGGUGGCUGAAGAGAAGCGCAAGUGCUUCCAGCUCGCACAGAAGUUGCGCUCAUUCGCCAUGCGGUACAAGGUGGAGCGCGAGCAGUUGACCCAGCGCCAGGAGGAGCUGACCACCGAGCUGGCGUCCCUUAAGGGCACCGAUUACCUCAGUGCCGUCGGCACCUUUGAACCCACGGUGAGCCCAGCCAGCCCAGGCAGCCCGAAGUUUGCUCGUGAUGGCGAAGAUUUCAACGACGCUGAAAGCGCUCAGGCGCAGCUCCGCGCGUUGUGGGCGGAGCGCACGGAGCUCAUGUUGUACCAGGCAAAGGCGGCCAAUGCGAUCCGCAUGCUCGUGAAGGAACGUGAAGCUGCGCAGCGCAAGGCGGCGUAG